GGAAUAUUCUCACCUUUCUCAGUUGCCUGGAUUACUGUCUGUCACCUAAAUCACCUCACCCAGGCCCCAUAUUAUUGUUACCCUUUUCUGUUUUCUUUUUCAUUAUUCUGUAAUAUAAAUCAAGAAUCGUCGAAUCGGGCUUCAGUGAAGGAACUAAAGAAAACGAUGAAGAAGGGCGAUAAUAAGGGUCGGACUCGGACCUUCCCGGUGGAUCCGAACGUUCCCCGAUGGGUUUGCCAGAACUGCCGCAACCCUCUCUGCAUCGUCGGCGUGGACUCUUACGCUGACAAAUUCUUCAACGAUCCUUCUCGCUCCGGGAUGCAAGGGUCGUCCGUUCAUGGUGCCAGCAGUGUGCUGAGUGCAACUAAAAUGGACAAUUCGUAUGUUGUGCUUCCCAAGCAGAGACCCCAGGCUCAGGGAAAUGCUCAUCGCCCACGUGGUGAUGCUGCCGCCGCCGCUGCACAGCCUGGAAAGGCGAUGGAGGAGUCGUUUGUGGUUGUGUACAAGUCUGAAUCGGGGACGGAUGGAGGCGGGGCUCAUUCGCCUGGCGCCGGUGCUGAUUCUGGUGGCCAUUUGCAGCCUCAUAACUCUGGGUUUAAUUCCACUAUUACUGUCCUGACUCGAGCGUUUGAGAUUGCCACGACGCAGACCCAGGUUGAACAGCCUUUAUGCCUUGAUUGCAUGAGGAUUUUGUCCGAUAAACUUGAUAAAGAGGUUGAAGAUGUGAACAGGGACAUUGAAUCCUACGAGGCCUGUCUUAAACGCUUGGAGGGGGAGGCUAGAGAUGUCCUCAGUGAGGCUGAUUUUCUUAAGGAGAAACUGAAGAUUGAGGAAGAAGAACGAAGACUUGAAGCAGCAAUUGAAGAAUCUGAGAGACAAAACGCUGAAAUAAAUGCUGAACUGAAGGAACUAGAGUUAAAAUCAAGUCGCUUUAAUGAAUUGGAAGAGAGGUAUUGGCAUGAGUUCAACAAUUUUCAGUUUCAAUUAAUUUCACAUCAGGAGGAGAGAGAUGCAAUCUUGGCAAAGAUUGAAGUUUCACAAGCUCAUUUAGAAUUGUUGAAGCGAACAAAUGUGCUCAAUGAUGCCUUCCCCAUUUCUCACGAUGGAGAGUUUGGAACAAUUAACAACUUUCGACUUGGAAGACUCCCUAAAAUUCCAGUUGAAUGGGAUGAGAUAAAUGCUGCCUGGGGCCAAGCUUGCCUUUUACUUCAUACUAUGUGCCAGUAUUUCCGGCCGAAGUUUCAAUAUCGGAUAAAGAUAAUUCCUAUGGGUAGCUACCCUCGUAUCACAGACACCAAUAAUAGUACCUUUGAGCUGUUUGGUCCUGUCAACUUGUUCUGGAGUACGCGUUAUGACAAAGCAAUGACAUUGUUUUUAGCUUGCCUCAAGGAUUUUGCAGACUUUGCCAAGUCUAAGGAUCAAGAGAAUAACAUACCACCUGAGAAAUGUUUCAAACUGCCCUAUAAGAUUGACAAUGACAAAGUGGAAAACUAUUCCAUCACUCAAAGCUUCAAUAAACAGGAAAAUUGGACAAAAUCUCUGAAGUACACGCUGUGCAAUUUGAAAUGGGCACUCUAUUGGUUUGUAGGAAAUACUAAUUUCCAACCUCUUUCAGCAAUGGUAUCUUCGAUGCAUGCUGAAGUACAGGCCGUAGGGUCCGUGUACACCAAGUGUACAUAAAAAUACGUAGCCUAUAAUUUAGGCUACAUUCACUUGUACAUAUCCAUGCUUGAUAAUGCUACAAAGUCUUUUAGAAGCUAUACAUACCAACUUUUUGUAUCUUUGUGAGCUUCAUUCUCAUUGAAUAAAUCCCCUUUUUAUUCAA